UGUUUGCACCUGAUCCAAAUAGCCAACUCGCGACUUUCCGCCACAUGGUUGGCAUCCACAGCACCAAAGAAUUCGCGGCCCAAACCGCCAACCAAAAAUCGCAUUAUAUGCCAGAUAUCUCUCACAAUGAUCUUCACUUCGACGGCCGCGCCGUGCCAAACCUUGGCAUGGUAAGUUACAUCCGCUUACGAACCUCGUUUGAUAUAGACGAAUCAACACCUACGCGAUCAUGUCAAGAGACAGUGAACAUGCUAAAGUGAAGUUGAAGAAGAACUGUACUAAUAUCCAAUUCCCGUGUCCAAUAUAACCGCGUCUGCCACCGCUCAGCCCAAGCAAAACGCGGCUACAAAUUUGCCUCUGUGCUGAUAUAGUCCUGCCUAGGAAUCCAAAUCAUCGUCGCCGCCGCACUCACCGCCAUGGGCGCCGCAAACACAAACCACGUCAGUAUAAACCGCCUUCGGCGCAACAAACACCGUAAUCGCCGGCAUUCUAAUCUAUCUGAAAGGCUCCAGUCUGCCCAACCGCAUACGAUGGUACGAGAACGAGUGGAAGAGAGUACAUUGAGCAGCGCGAGCGGGACUUUUCAAGGCCGGAAAGUCGACUAAGUGUCGAGGAGGUGGUGAGCGUGGUAAAGCCAAUGUACGAACAAGUCAAGGCGGAUAUCCAGACCAAU